AGCCGAUGAUGACGGUGAGGAUGAUGAUGAUGAUGAGCUGGACGAUGAGGAUGAGAUGUUUAUGCGCGAUCAAGAGGACGAAACCGAGACCCGCAACAUGAAACACUCGGAGACGAAGGAAUCGAUCAGCUCCAUCGACAGCGACGUUUCGUUGUCGUACGAUCGACGAAGUGUUAGUGCUGGUGAUGCCACGAGUCAGCAGCAGCAACAGCAGCAGAAGCAGCAGCAAUCCGAGGACACUGGCAGUGCCGGCAGCUCAUCGGAUGAUGCGGCCAAGGAUUCGGGAUGCGAGAUUGUCGCCAAACCGUCGCCAACCAGUGGUACCGGUGAUCGCAACGCAGCCGAUGAGGAAGGUGGUCAGGAACUGGAGGAACUGGAAGAUGGGGAAUCGGCAGAGGAGGCCGCCUUCGAGCAGCCGGACGAUGAGAUGUGCGAGAAGAUCGUGGAGCAGGUGGAGUUCUACUUCUCCAACGAGAACAUCCUGAAGGAUGCGUUCCUGUUGAAGCACGUGCGCCGCAACAAGGAAGGGUUCGUGAGCCUGAAGCUAGUGUCCAGCUUCAAGCGGGUCCGGCAGCUGACGAAAGAUUGGCGUGUGGUCGGAUAUGCGAUCAAGCGCCGUAGCGUGAAGAUCGAGGUGAAUGAUCUCGGUACGAAGAUCCGCCGAUUGGAAGCAUUACCGGAGCACGAUGAGACGACACCAUCGCGCACGGUCGUAGCGACCGGCCUCCCGUACGAUAAGUAUACCGUCGAGAAGGUAUCCGAGCUGUUCUCCAAGUGUGGCGAGAUUUCGCUGAUCCGUGUGUUGCGCCCGGGUGGCCCAAUACCGGCCGAUGUACGCCAGUUCAUCAACAAGCAUCCGGAGUUGCAGCAGAACGAGUGCGCCCUGGUGGAGUUCACCGAGUCGGCCUCGGCACGCCGGGCACAAUCGAUGACGGAGUUUGUGGUGCUCGAGCUGGUCGCACCGAAGAAGAAGACCGGUAAGAAGGCGGCCAAUGUGACCAAGUUCGUGGAGAGCUACAAGUUUGCCGCCGGGCACGAUAUCGAGCGUAGCCGCGGUGGUGAAGGAUUCGAUCGGUUCCGGAUGCGCCGUGGUUCCGGGUUCUACCCGAAGCCGGACAUGAUGGUGGGUGGGGCUACGAUCUAUCAACCGCCCCAGUACCAUCAUCAUCAUCACCAUGCGCAACCGUUGCUGCCGAUGAUGCAACCGAACACGAUCACGAUGAUGGAGUCGAAUCCAGCGGCGCAGCUCCAGCAGUACAUGCCACACUCGCCCCAGCCUCGCAAGUACUCCUUCGGGGCCGAAACUUUCGAAUGCUUCCAGCAGCAGCAGCAGCAGCAACAACAGCAGCAACGCCGCUCGAGUGCGUACUCGCUCGGUUCGGAUGCUUCGCGAAAAUUCUCGAGCUGCUCCGAGGGUUACUCAAGCUGCGGUGAGAUGUCCCGGCGUACGUCGGCCUGCUCAUCGGCCGCUACGGAUUCGCUGUCGCGGCGAACCUCGAACUGUUCCGAGGCACCGUCACGGCGUACAUCGAACUGUUCGGACAUUUGCUCGUGCAAUGCACGCCGCAUCUCGCAGUGCUCGAGCGAUCUGAUGUUCCGCCGGAUGUCCCAGUGCUCGAACGAUCACGGUACGGUGGCCACUCGCAAGUAUUCGGUCGGUUCGAACUACGAUCGUAAGUACGCCAACUCUCCGGAACUACUUCAGCAGCAACAGCAACAGCAGCAGCAGCAACAACAGGGACAACAGGGACAUCUUCUGCAGCGUCGCAUCUCGAUGGACUCGAAUGGUGGGUUCGAUCGGAAGUACUCCGUCGGUUCGAUCACGGGCUACCACACGGACAGUCCCAACAUUUCACCGCGCAAAUACUCGUCCGGAUUCGAUCCGUUGCGCAAGCUGUCGAGCGGUUCCGAUCAGUACUACAACGGGCGCCGCAUUUCGACCGACUCGGGGUACGAUCGACGGAUCUCGAUCGGUUCGGAGUGCGGUUCGGCACCGCGUUCCCGUGCCGGGAGUGUGCUUUGCAGUCAGCACGGUACACCCGGUGGUACGAUAGUGCCCGGAACCGGUGAAACCGUCAUUCGGACACCGAUCGGUCCGGACGGUGGCAAAGGGUUCGGUACGCGCACCCGGCGCGUCGGACAGAUAGUGCCGCCAGCUUAAAAGGGGCCGCUAAUGAGAUGCGUCAGUAUUGCUUCCCCUCCUCCGGUCUCC